CUGUAUAUGGCAUUUGAAGUCAGUUAUUAACAGUCGUCCCUCUUAAACCUUUAAAAAUGAGUGUGAAGACCCGCGUGAACAUUUGCCUCGCGCUGAGCCCUAGUACAAAGUGGCGACAAGACGCAGAGGCAGCGCGGGGAAUGCGGGAGCUGGGAGGCAAGGCCAAGCCGGUCUUCCGCGCACCCACCUCGGAUGCCCCGGCUCAACGAGGGUCUCUGGUUCAGCGCCUGGCGUCCGUCACUUCUCACCGGCAAGCGACAGCCAGGGCCCGCGCCCUCCGCCGGGGGAUACAGUCUGUUUCAGUUACUCCAUGGAUUCCUUUGAGCACCUCAGACCAGAAGACAGCCAGUCAGUAGUGAGCAGAAUGCAGAAGAAAUACUGGAAAACUAAGCAGGUCUUUAUCAAAGCGACAGGGAAAAAGGAGGAUGAGCACGUGGUUGCAUCUGAUGCAGAACUGGAUGCUAAACUUGAGGUUUUUCACUCCAUCCAGGAGACAUGCAAUGAACUCGUGAAGGCAGUUGAGAAAUACCAGCUAAGACUCAAUGUUAUAUCAGAGGAAGAAAAUGAACUAGGGCUCUUUUUAACGUUUCAAGCAGAGCGGGAUGCAACUCAAGCUGGCAAAAUGAUGGGCGCCGCCGGCAAGGCCCUCUGCUCUUCAGCCAAGCAAAGACUGGCCUUGUGCACUCCCCUGUCUCGUCUUAAGCAAGAAGUGGCAACGUUCAGUCAGAGGGCCAUCUCUGACACCUCAGUGACCAUCAACCGCAUGGAGCGGGCUCGCACCGAGUACAGAGGGGCCCUGCUGUGGAUGAAAGACGCAUCACAGGAACUUGACCCAGACACCUUCAAACAAGUGGAGAAGUUCAGAAAAGUACAGAUUCAAGUGAGAAACAGCAAAGAUUGUUUCGACAAGUUAAAGAUGGAUGUCUGUCAGAAAGUGGACUUGCUGGGUGCUAGUCGGUGCAAUAUGUUAUCUCACUCACUCGCUACCUACCAGAGAACAUUACUUGGGUUCUGGGAGAAAACGGCUCAAAUGAUGUCCCAAAUCCAAGAGGCCUGUGCUGGCUUUCAUCCAUAUGACUUCAUGGCUCUCAAGCAACUACAAGACACUCCAGGCAAUCUCACUGCAGAGGACAAAGAAGAACAAACAGAGGGCAGUUGUCUUAGUACAAACCUCAAUAAGGUAGCUUUGUCUGAAGAGGAAGAGAGAUUUGAGAGAGAACCAGCAGUUGCACGCGCUCUGCCUAGAGACUCACUAGAAGGAGAUGAUUUUGAGAAGGAGUUCUCAUUUCUGAGCAGUCUCCUAAGCCCCACCUCUUCACGUGCUAGUGAAUGUACACAGGAAUGCCAGCCCGCCUGUGGGAGCCCCAGCCUCAUGUGCCAGGAGCCUUCAUUAGGACCCGGGCCUCUCACUUCUUCCUCCCAGUUCCUUCCUUCACGGCUUUUUGACCUUGGCCUUCAUGCUGAUGGAGCUUUCAACAGCUGGGCUUCCCAAGAGGGAUCAGAACACUCAGAUACCUUGCCAGUACCUUCACAGCAUCCAAAGAAAUUAAAAUGGCCUCCACAUGCUGGAUACCCUGCUAGCUACACCCUCAGCCUGGAUGCCCCCAACAGUGGUAACCAAGACAUGUCAGCCUGGUUCAAUCUAUUUGCAGACCUGGGGCCACUCUCAAACCCAGAUGCCAUUGGACACUCAGAUGACGAGCUUCUGAAUGCCUGACUGAUGUCAUGGUGACUGACAUCACAGCUUCAGGGGUCUUGAGGAACCAACUGUGCAACAUUUGCCUUUCUGAAGAGAAGUUCCCACUGCGACCACACACAGAAGCAUGUGUUCAGGAUAGAACGUCUACCAGCCAACUCUAGUCACAGGAUUGGAGCACCUGAGCAGGCUGUGGUACUUCAUAUGCUGGGUGGGCAGGCUGUUGAUAGUACAUGGAUAAUUUUACAAACUCCGCAAUACUGAGAAACCAAACUUACGGCUGAAUCACAGAAGCAUGGUGUGUUUCUUUGGAAGGUGUUUUACACUUGUUACUUUGCUUUAAGGGGAUAAAGAAUAGGAUAGAGUGGCUAUAGUUUGGGGGGUUUUCUUGAUAGUGUCAGGUGUUUUCUGUUGUGGGGACCAGCACUAGAACUAUAAAAAGCUUUCUCACCAAUUACAAUGUAGAACAAGAUUAGAGAACUGUCUGCUUUACUGAAAUUAAGAGAAACGUGGGUUUGCUUUUCUGUACCUGGUAACUAAAUGCAAUGUUACCGUUCAUUCAUAUGCAAUCAUGGAUACAUUAGUUCCAUUAUUAAAUUUUCAUGGGGAAGACAGCAGGAUGCAAAAGCCAUCAUCUGUAGAAAUGGGAAAAGGAAUCUACAGGUCUGUUUCACUGACUCUUGCAGUGCUACUUUCUCUACAGAACAGUGAGGACAAGCAUUGCAUGUCUGGGCAGCAAUCUUGCUGAAACUUCCAGAAACUUCUAUGUGAACAUGCAAGACACUUUCAAAUGCCAUCAUAAUAGUUGUAUUUUCUCAACACACACUUGAGCCCAGAAGGAUUUCUGAUAGACAUGGAGGAUUCUACAGAAAGCUAAGGAGCAUCCCAUGUUCUUCCUUUCAGUCUAACUCCCACAGUGCCAUUAGAGAGUACUAAGCAAAAGCUAUUGGCAGAGGACAUAGAGUCUAGGGUUUGAAGGGAAGGCUAUUCAGUGGCAGUUGGGCAAACUGGCGAAAUCAUAACUGCUGGAUUGCUACUCCUUCAGCUUCCUGUCCUUUCUUGUCCACCCUUUAAUUUAAGGGUAGUUCUCCAAGUGUUCUGUCAUCAAGUCCAUUGUGGCCAGUGUCCCACAGGGACAUCUUAAGUUGUUUAUUGUGGUUUUUAUGGGCUUCUAGUCAUUAGCAGGUUGAUUCAAGUUCAAAUUACAUAUAAUGUCCAAGUCAUGGUAUAUAGGGAGCUAUUUUUAAGAAAAAAACCAGAGUGGGUAGAAUGCCAUCCACUCCACACAUUCAGAAACCUGGCCUAACCCUGUGGAACUGACCCUGAGCUGUCAACUGGUGCAAGGGCUGCAGACUCACCUGUGGGUCAGAAACAAAUGCAGACUUGUUCCUAAAUAUCUUCAGUCUUAAUGAACUAUUACCUCUUCAAAAGCACUUCCCUUCUGUUCAGUGAAAAAUUCCAGAACACAAUAUUGUCAUUGUUCUGCCAAGAUUGAUCACCAGGAUUACUAUAAUGAAUCACAGUCUGAGGCUAGGGUCCAGAGCAACCACUGCCAUUAACCUCAAGAAGCAAUAACUUACACUGUCUGUGCUACCUCUCUUUGCGAGGUAUCCUUCCAUGAGUUAGUUCAGUUAUGAGAACACAGUUGUGAACACUUACCAGAAAGACAGCUGAUGGGGAAGCAUAGGUUGUCCCAGAGCAACUUUGUCAAAAAUGGGUAUCUUUUAUAUCGAGUGAAGAAGCACCUAUGUUCUACUUUAUUUUAUUCCAAAUUAGACUUCACAGAAAGUUAGACAGACCCAAGCACAGCCACAUUAGCCUUCUCCUCAAGAGACACAAGAAUGGCAGGUCAUAUGAUCAGAUUGGUGUAAUUUGUAUUUUCUGAGAUUUUAAUUGUAUAAUAGUGUUCUAAUAUCAUUAGAAACAAAUUGUAUUUAAAAUUAGAUUUCAUUAUUUGCACAUUGAAAGGAGCUAUAUUUCCACUCUGAAUAUUUAUUUCACAUUACCUAUUGUUCUGGGUAUUUAUUUCAUGUUUCCUAACUAAUAGAUCUAGAAAUAUACAGGGCUUACAGCAUUAGGAAGCUAGUUUAAUGUGUUCCCUCUCUCUUGAGCGUCCAUUAAUAAAGAUUACAGAUGGCAUAAAGCAA